UUUCUCGCAGUAGCCGGAAGAACCUGAAGACUGGAGGCUGCCGAGUGCCGAGUGCGUGCCGUGUGUGUACUCAAGCUGGUUCAAGUCCAGCGCAGUGAGUCGAUUCAAUUUUGAGAGGGGGGGGGGGGGAUUCCCAUGAUUCGCGUCCGCUUCAUCCUGCUUCCACCCCCACCAAAAUGCGAUUUCAAUCGAAGAGGUCGGCGUUUGGCGUCGUUUUAUACUCAUUGGGAGUCAGUCGCCUGGCAAUAACACCCGUCUUGGCUAGGCUUGAACCAGAGGAGUCUUUGAGGAUGGAAACCCAGCUCAAAAACAACGCAGGUCCGUCGGAUGCGACGAGGAUUAGACCCGACGACGAUCAAGAGCUGUUUUUCCGACAUCAGAUCCAGCAGGCCGAAGCAAGUCGACAGAAGGCCGACAGAAAGAGAGAGGAGACUGCAGCCGAGAAGAAGGCGCGAAAAACGUGGCAACUGGAGAAGCGAAUCGAAUGGCUAAUCAAGCAGCAAGAAAGUGCACAAGUCUCGGCGUUGGGCACAGACUUGGCCACAAUAUAUCCGUUCGCAUCUUGCAAAGUAUCCGACUCCAAGAUGCUCGAGAUAUGGAACCGUCUGACAUCAAAGCUCCAGGAAAUGGCCUCUGAAGUCGGCCAGUUUUUAUUCGAGCAGGAUCCGGAUCCCAAGUUGAAAUUCCUGAAGGCCAUGUUCCUCUUACGCGACGAUCUGAUGACACACUUCCCAAAAUAUCUGCGUCAUUUCAAGUGGGACUUGCUCACAAUUGCUCAGAUGGUCCAGUUCCAUACUGAGCUUAAAAUAUCUGCCUUGAGAAUCAACUUUUUGAUCAGUGUCGACACAGUCGUGCCUCGGCUGGAAUCCUUGAAAACUAAUGAGUUUGUAGGGUAUUUCAGGAAAUCACUUGAAGAUUAUAAGGGCGAUGAGAUGGUCAUUGUUUACCUCUGUCUAAAAAGCAUCGUGAAGAAUUUCAACCUGAUCACAUCCCGGGAAGAAGAGCUCCCAGAGUUUUCCGAGUUUUUCCACUCUUUUUCUGAUGACAAAUUCAUCAAGAAGAUCAACAACCUCUCUGGAGAAUUGUGUCUGAUCCACUUCAGGCCUGGAGAACAGACUUGGGUUGAGAAUAACCCAAUCUUCCUCCAGAUCAAAACCCUGAUUGACUAUUUCAAUGAUCCCCCUUUAUUUGAUCCAGAAGCUCAUACAAAACCAGAUUUCUUAUUAGUCUGUUUCUUCAUUGAUUUCCUGGAGGAUUUCUACCAACCAAUCAUGAGGAACUUCAGAUCUAAUCCAUUUUAUCAGAGGUCCUUAACAAAGAAACUUGAGUUCAUGAAAACUUUCCUCAAAAUUUAUCAACAAAAUCCUCACAAUGGAUCUCAUCUCCAAAGGGAGAUCUGGAGUCUCAUCCAACAUCAUCAAAUUCAACACCCUGAUGAACCAGAAAUGAUUGAAUGGAUCCGUAAAUUCACACUCAAAGUGAUUGAUCUAACUCCUCACCAAAUUGAAACAAUGAAAGCUCUUCCAAUAUACACAAACAUGUGGUUUAUGAAAAUUGUUGAUUAG